UGUUCCUAAGGGUCUGUUGAUCCACUUAGACUGUGACCUGAUGAGUUGGAGGAGCAGGACAAAGGUGGAGCGCGGCAGACAGAAGAAGAGAAAAGAUAACGUUUAAAAACUUUUAAAAGUCUGACAGAGGAUUAGAAGAAGCCUCUCCUGGAUUAGCAGUGGAGGAGUAAAGUGAACCAAACAAGGUGGAGAGGAGACAUACGAGAACCCACAAUGUGACUGUGAAGGAGGUGAUUCAAAGGAGGAGAGAGAGAAAUCAGGAGCAGGAAAAAGGAGAAGUGGUUUGGAGCUGUUGACUUUCAUGUGGGGAGGAGAAACCAGAGGCGAGCCAAUGUGACUGUGGGGUAAAAACAGGGUGACCUGGAGGCCGAGGAGCAGCAGGUGUUUGCAGAGAGAGAGAGAGAGAGAGAGAGUUCAUUAACACUUGAACUGUGUUUGAGAAGCAGAUCUGGUCCUGAUGAUGGGCUGCUGUCUCUUUGUUUACUAUCGGAAGAAGAGGAAGCAGGCGAGCAGAGAUGCAGACUCCCUUAGCCUCUGCAGUCUGGACAUCAAUGAGCCCAGCACCAAGCGCAGUAAGCCUGUAUCUAGGGUGGCAUCUCUGGCCAACCUGCUGCCACCCGUCAAGACCACCCCGCUGAAGAGGAUUGGUCAGACGCUGCAGCGCUCCAUUAGUUUUCGUAAUGUAAGUCAGACAGAGAGAGCUGCCCCUCCUCCUCCUCCUCCUCCUGCUUCCUCCUCAACUACGAUGAAGACGCGCACUAUCUCAGCGACUGUCUCCAACUCCUCCUCUUCCACGGCUGCAACAAGGAGCUCCACAGCCACAGCUGCCAAGCGCCGCGACAGCAAACUUUGGAGCGAGACAUUUGAUGUCCGUAUGGGAGCGAUGCAAUCUCUGAGCCCCAAAGAGAUAAAACGACAAGAGGCCAUAUUUGAGUUGGCUCAGGGCGAGCAAGACUUAGUGGAGGAUCUCAAGUUGGCUAAGAAGGCCUACCAUGACCCAAUGCUGAAGCUAUCAAUCAUGACUGAGGAGGAACUGAACCAGAUCUUUGGCACUCUGGACUCACUGAUACCCCUGCAUGAAGAUCUGCUGAGUUGCCUCAGAGAUGCCAGAAAACCUGACGGGUCCACAGAACAUGUGGGACACAUCCUGAUAGACUGGCUGCCCUGUCUCUCCUCCUACACUCCGUACUGCAGUAAUCAGGUAAAGGCCAAGGCCUUGCUGGACCGGAAGAAGCAGGAUCGGCGAGUCCAGGACUUCUUGCAGCGCUGUCUCCAGUCACCCUUUAGCAGGAAGUUGGACCUAUGGAAUUUCCUAGACAUUCCUCGCAGCCGACUGGUGAAAUAUCCGCUGCUUCUCCGGGAGAUCCUGAAACACACGCCCAACGACAACGCAGACCGGCAGCACUUGGAGGAGGCGGUGCUCAUGGUUCAGAGUGUGGUUGCGGACAUCAACCAGCACACGGGGGAAUCAGAGUGUCAGUACUACAAGGAUCGUCUUUUGUACACCGAGGAAGGACAGAGAGACGAACUCAUUGAUCGGUCCAGGACCCUCAGCUGCCAUGGAGAGCUGAAGAACAACAGAGGACUCAAGCUUCAUGUCUUUCUGUUCCAGGACAUCCUGGUUAUCACCAGGUCACUUUCACUCAAUGACCAGUCAUUCACCUACCAGCUCUGCCGCCAGCCAAUCCCCAUCCGGCAGCUCGACCUGGAGGAUCUAUCGGACGGAGAGAUGAGAGUGAGCGGCUCCAUCAGAGGUGCUUUCAGCAACAACGAACGGACAAAGAACUUCUUCCGGGUUUCAUGCCGUACUGCAGGUCAGCCUCAGAGCCACUGUUUCCAGGCCAGUGACGCCUUCAACAAACAGCAGUGGAUCAAUUGCAUCAGACAAGCCAAGGAGGCCGCAGCACUGACUGGAGACCAGCCAUCGCACACAGGACAAUGUCUGGAGACAAGACUUGGUAGAAGAACACCGAGUUUACAAGGUGAUCCAGGGAUUGAUGUUGAAAAGGGGAUGUGGGGGGAGAUGGAGCCCGGGCUUGGUUUGGAAGGAAAGGAUGCUCUGACUGGAGUUAGAGAGCUGAGCUUAGAUAAAGAGGCUGAUCCGACUCCAAAAACAAUGAGUGGUGCGGCCAUGGAGACAGACUUGACUCCAGAUGAUGGGACAAGGUUUGAAUUAGAUGGAGAAACAGGGAUGGACAGUGAGAUGAGGCUGAUGGUCAGUGAGGCAGAGACAGGCGAGAUGGAGACAGGGCUGGGUUCCUGUCAAGAGACACGGGCAGAGCCAGUAACUAUGGAUGCAGGAAGAGGAGAAGAAGGAGAGACGAUCAGCACAAGUGACAUUGAUCAUCCCUCUCUUCUCUCCUCUGCUCCUCCCACUCAAGAGGAAGAGGAUGUCAUUAAGGGGGUCAAUGUCAUUGAGAUGUCAUUGAGUGGCGAUAAGGAAGACGAGGAGCUUGACACAGAUACCAUUGAAGCUGAAUCACUGGAAGACGAGGAGCUAACCCUCAGGUGCUGAUACAAGGACCAAGUGAACCAGGAUACACAGAAGGACUCUCAAUGCUGCCUGUCACAGGUGGGAUUUGAUGAUGAAAUGUCUGAAAGCACAUCAAUUCAAAUCAAUCAAUCAAGAACAUUGUAACUUCUGCUGGUAACACUGUGUUCUAGAAUGUCAAAGCAACUGUCACCCAAAACUCUGGAACACUGAUCUUGUCACAUGUGAUGAGCGUGUAGCAACUACACGGACGCUUUAAGAACUGGGAAUCAGUGGUGCUUCAUUCACAUGCUCCAAAUUACAACAGAUUUGCUCAGGUUAUGUGUUAUAACGACUCUCUGACUCCCCCUCACACAAGUAGAACAGAAAACUUUCACUGACAUCUGUCUCCUCAAGUGUCAACGUUUUAAUGUUCAUUGGACCAAAAUGCUCAUAUUAUGAUAAAAAGACAGACACUGGAGUUUUUUUCAUGCUCUUAAAACGUGUAUGGUUUCACUGCCUUUUGAAUACGAGGGGAGAAGUCACUGUCAUGUGAACUGCAGCUGUGGCCCUAAUGCCAACGAUCAUCCCACAUACCAACACUGACCUUGAACAAUCUUCACUCUGAAUAACGCUGCGUCCCACAUCAGUGACACUACGAUGACGCAAGGGUGCAAACAUGAAGGUUAUUCGUGGCUUCUUCCUGAGUUUAUUCCUGCAUAGUUAACAUUCGCUCACUUUCUUAUAUUUUGCAGUUGAUUUGCCUUUGACCGGUGGCUUUCACCUGAAUUAAUUCCACAGCUGUUCAAACUGCUGACAACAUCAUGCUAUUCCAAUAUUAAAAACAAAAUAAAUUUAACUUGUAAGGACAGUGGUUAUCACUUUCUUUGUUUGUGGUUAAAAUGAUCAUGGUCUACAUGGACAGAACAAUACCUGAGUGCAAUAUGAUUGCUCUCGCUGUAUUGUCUUGAUACACAGUCAAACUAUUUAAGUCAAUAUCAGACUGACGAAUGGGAUUAAUGCUUCCCUAUUGCUAACAGGCUGAUUAUAAUAUCUUGUGCAUAGCAUACAUGCAGAUCAGUAUGUGCACAUUAACUGACAAGUCAUGUCAGAAUAAAAAGCAAAAGGCAAUAAGAUAGAAUGAUGUUGCACAAUCACAAUUGAGGUCUCAAACUUUUUAGUCUUUCGCAGUGAUUUCAAUCUUUAUUUGGUCUAAGACCCAGGAACGGUAGCAACAAAUGGCCAAAUAGUGCGGGGAUUAAAACGACUCUGAUGUAAAUACUACACCAAUAUAUUAUAAAAGUUGGCUUUGUAAAUGCUCAGCACUAACUUUACAUCUCCAUUGUUGAGAUUUGGUUUAGUUAGUAUGCAGAAGAGCUACUUCAGUUUGUUCAAAAGUAAUCAUCUCAAACUUGUAUCUAUCAAUUUUGCUCUAUUUUUAUGUCAUUUGAAGGAUAACGUUAUUAUUCAUGAAGGAUUGUAUUAACUUGGAUGUAAUCUCCUAGCAGCAUUCCAAAUGUGAUCAUUGAUUUUCUCUUUGAAUCAUCUGUGUCCAGUACUUUUUUUUCCAUGUUCUGUAAAAUCCAAUGCAGGACUUUGGUCGUGAAACUCAAAGAGGUCCUGAUGGCGAGGCCCAGUGUGCAUGUACUACAUAUUUACAGUAUAUGUAAACUAUUAUGUAAAGAAUGUACAGUUUCUAUAUGAAUGUAGGAACAAAGCUAUUAUGUUUAUUACAUACAUAUACUGUAGAUGUGUAUGUAAUACAUUACUUACAGUGGCUGGACAAUCCAUUUAAUACAUUUCCAGUGUGAUGAUGAUAAAUUCAAGGGUUUAGUUACAUCAAAGAAAAGAGUUGAGCAACCCAAGACAAAACCUGUGCACACUGUCUCUUUCUUUUUAUUCUGUUGAGUAAAAAAAAUAAAUAAAAAGGCAAUAGUUAGCUGAUGUAUUAGCUAAUGUUUUCAUUGUCAGAAUGCAAAACAUCAAUAAAUGUUUUUUUAAGGAGACUGAAUGGUUACUAGUGGAAGUGUUGAAAUGAAGACAAGCUAAAGCCAUCGGCCUAUAUUAAUUAAUUAAUAAUAAUCAAUAUUAUUAAGCA